AUGGUACUGUUAACGCUAAUUGCACGUGUACGAGAUGGUCUCAUUCUGGCGACGUCAAUUGAAGGUGGUGAUGAGGCUGAUCACAAUAUGGUGAAAUAUACGAAUCAGGCAAAAAUGAUCUUCAGAAAGUUGCAUACAGCCACAGUCUCAGCGGCUACUGUCGAGAGUGGGCCAUAUUAUUUUCAGUGGGUUUUCUUCUAUUCAUUUGUUCCCGUUCAAGAAGCCUCGUUAAUGAAAGCGUCAUAG